AUGCGACCCAUCGACGAGUCCAGCAAGAUCCGGUUCGCAAUGGCGUCAACAGGCAGCGACUUGGAGUCGUUCCUGAGCCCGCUCUACGUCGAUGACAGCCUGGUCCUCCGCCUGUCACGCGACCUGUGCACCACCUUCAAACAGCUGUCUGCAGAGUCCAAAGACCAGUUCCUGCCGACUCCUAUUUCCGAGUCCAUCCUCAGGCGGACGGACGGAGCAGAUCACGGCCGAUAUCUGGCCAUAGAUAUUGGUGGCACAAAUCUUCGUGUUGGCUUCAUCGAGCUAUUAGGGGGCGCGGAUCGCACGACCACAGAUGGGGAAUCUCCGUCACGCAUUAGACGCCUCCUGGAAAAAUCGUGGGCCAUCGGAGAGCCCCUCAAAACUAAGAACGAGGACAGCCUCUUCGCAUGGAUCGGCCAGUGCAUCGCGUCCGUGGUGAAGGAUGGCGUUACAGCUUUCAACAUCGACCCCACAGUGGAUCUUCCCAUGGGAGUCACAUUCAGCUUCCCCAUGAUACAGCGUUCCUUGUCCGAGGCGACCCUCAUGCCCAUGGGCAAAGGCUUUGCUUUCUCAUCUCACCUUGACCUGGGCUCCCAACUGCUCAAGGGAUACGAGAGUGCCUUGGUGGACAGUUUACCCCGGAUACGGAUAGCUGCCAUAGCAAACGAUGCCGUGGCAACCUUGGUCUCGUUCAUCUAUCAGGUGCCAACUGCGGAAAACCAGAAGGCGGUGAUGGGCCUCAUAUGCGGCACAGGGAGUAAUGCCACGAUCCCCCUUAAGCUCAGCAGUCUGCACCCAGAUAAGCGGCCCGCCGCCGUGAGUAUCCUCUCGGAGCAGAAUGGCGAAGACGUCAGGAUAGCUGUAAAUACGGAGUGGAGUAUCAAUGGCUCAGCGACACCUCUGCGGAAACUUGGGCUCGUCAGCCGUUGGGACAUAGAGCUUGACGAGGCUGGUGAGAUCCCUGGAUUUCAACCGCUUGAAUACAUGACAGCCGGGCGGUAUCUCGGUGAACUCGGCCGUCUCAUUCUAGUCGACUACAUUACCAGCGUAUUACGAGUACCCGAGGAGACUCUACCAAGCAAAAUUAGGACGAGGUUUGGUUUGACGACCACGUUUCUCAGUCACUACCGUCCUGCCGAAAAGAGGACACUCCUCGACAAGCUCGAAAACGAGUUUCCUCUCGAAAAUGAGAGGACAGAAUUCCAAUGGACCGAAGAGAUCGCCAACGCCCUCUACCGCAUCGCGAAAGCAAUCGAGCUCCGGGCAGCAGGUAUAAUCGCUGCAGCUAUCAUUGGCCUUUUGAGUUGCGCCGAGGAGAUACCGCUGGAUAGCGAGGCGUCAAGAUCUCGAAGAAGCACGGCACCUCAGGAGCUGGUAGUCGGCUACACUGGCGGCUGCAUUUCUCAUUUUCAGGACUAUCUGCAGCAUUGCCAGGCGUUCCUUGACAAGAUCCUCUCUCUCGAAUCCGGUUUUGCGCCGGUGCGCGUGGUCCUCAGCCCUUGCCAUGACGGCGGUAUCACGGGAGCUGGUAUCUUGGUUCCAGCUGCGUUGGCCAGUCAUCGAGCAUCAUGA